GUCCAAUUGGAAUCUGAUCCUUAUGCCAUCUUGAAUGACAGCAUGGCCACUACAAAUUCAUCUAGUCCUGCUGGAGGUGUAGCUCAAAAGACGUUCGAUAUAGCAAACAAUGUUCAAACGCUAGAGGAAGAUCAAAUAUUCAAGUAUAAUUCUGAAGAACAAAAGACAAUCUUGAAUGAAAAGAAAUGGAAAAGUGACCCAAAUUAUUUUAAGAAAGUUCGCGUUUCUGGGGUGGCUCUAAUCAAGAUGGUUAUGCAUGCUCGAUCUGGCGGCCAAUAUGAGAUCAUGGGCCUCAUGCAGGGUAAAAUCGAUGGAGACACUUUCGUGGUCAUGGAUUCGUUUGCAUUACCUGUCGAGGGAACUGAAACCAGAGUGAAUGCUGCAAGCGAAGCCAAUGAAUACAUGGUGGAAUUUUUGACACACUCAAAAAAGGUAGGCCGGCCUGAGAAUGUAGUAGGAUGGUACCACUCCCAUCCGGGCUAUGGAUGUUGGCUAUCUGGAAUCGAUGUGAACACUCAACUCACCAAUCAAACCUGGACUGACCCUUUUGUCGCGAUCGUGAUAGAUCCCAACCGCACCAUCUCAGCUGGUAGAGUUGACAUUGGCGCGUUUCGAACCUACCCUAAAGACCAUGUUCCCCCAGAUGGUGGUCAGGGCGAUGAUUAUCAAUCUGUGCCAUUGAGUAAAAUCGAAGACUUUGGUGCCCAUGCCAAUGCAUACUAUUCCUUAGAAAUCGAACACUUCAAAUCAAGUUCAGAUACCAAGAUCUUAGACCUUUUGUGGAAUAAGUAUUGGGUUAUGACCCUAAGUCAAAGUUCAUUGAUCUCAAAUCGAGCAUAUACGGCCAAUCAAAUUCAAGAUCUGACUGCUAAGCUGUCAAAAGCCGAUAAUGCGACAACAAGUCGGUGCGGUCUAGGUUGUCUCUUGCCAGCUGCCGUAUUGACGGAAUACAUGGAAAACAAAGCUGGUUCUGGAUCUCAAGUUAUUACUGCCUCUAAUGUCCAGCAGCGUCAGACUCAACUCGCUAAAGUGAUGCGAGAGGUGGAGAAGCUUGAAGUCGAAAACCAAUAUGGCAUGGUUGGGCAGAUUGUCAAAAACGCUCUAUUCAACCAGGGUGACAAUGCGGUACUUGAUUUGCCAGAGGUGUAAUGACUUUAAUGUAUCUUGUACCAAUAAAAUCAAUCUAAAAGUCG